CUUUCCUCUCUCGCUGUCGCCAACAAAACCUCCCGCCGCGAAGACCCCAACCAUUAAACCCUAGACUCGAAGCCGAGCCUUCCCCCUCCCCCCGCCGCCGCCGCGAUUUCCCCCGCACUCGCCACCAUGGGCUCCUCAAGGUCGUCGAAGAAGCGGAAACCCGUCGCCCCGCCGCCGGAGCCGGACUCCGAUGCGGAGGAGACGGUCCACGACACCGCCGCCGCUGCCGAGGAAUUCGACGAGGAGGAGGAGCAGCAGCAGCAGACGGAGGCGGGAGACGAGGGCGAGGAUGAGCAGAAGGAGGAGGAGAAGACGGGGAAGAAGCAGAAGAAAAUGAAGGAGAAGAAGGAGAAGGAGGGGUCGGGAAUCCUGACGAGCAUGCUGUUCUCGGAGCUCCCCAUCUCCGAGCUCACUGCAAAGGCCAUCAGGGAGAUGAACUACACCCACCUCGCGCAGAUUCAAGCUCGGUCGAUACCACAUUUGUUGGAAGGAAGGGAUGUGAUGGGAGCUGCCAAGACUGGCUCAGGCAAGACCCUUGCGUUCCUCAUACCAGCGAUUGAGCUGCUCUAUAACCUGCAUUUCUCGCCGAGGAAUGGGACAGGGGUUAUUGUCGUUUGCCCUACAAGGGAGCUUGCCAUCCAGACACACAAUGUUGCCAAGGAAUUGAUGAAGUAUCACUCACAAACUCUUGGAUAUGUUAUUGGUGGUAAUGGACGGAGAACUGAAGCUGAUCAGCUUGCAAAGGGUGUCAAUUUGUUAGUAGCUACACCAGGCAGGCUUUUGGACCAUCUACAAAACACUAAGGGUUUCAUAUAUAAGAGACUAAAGUGUCUUAUAAUUGAUGAGGCUGAUCGCAUUCUUGAACAAAACUUUGAGGAAGACAUGAAGCAAAUAUUUAAACGCCUUCCCCUGAAUCGCCAGACUGUUCUUUUCUCUGCAACACAAACUAGAGAGGUUGAAGAAUUUGCCAAGUUAUCAUUUGAGAAAAACGAAGAAAGGAAAGAAAAACCUGUUUAUAUUGCAGUUGAUGAUGGUAAAUCAAAUGCUACUGUUGAAGGCUUGCAGCAGGGUUAUUGUGUCAUUCCUAGCAACAAGAGGUUUUUGGUUCUAUAUGCUUUCCUCAAAAAGAAACAGUCUAAGAAGGUCAUGGUGUUCUUUUCAUCAUGCAGUUCAGUAAAGUUCCAUGCGGAACUUCUGAAUUUUCUCCAGAUAGAGUGUGAAGAUAUCCAUGGGAAACAGAAGCAGCAAAAACGAACUACAACAUUCUUUAACUUCUGCAAGGCAGAAAAGGGUAUCUUGUUAUGCACUAAUGUGGCAGCUCGUGGACUUGAUAUUCCUGAUGUGGAUUACAUUGUGCAAUAUGAUCCUCCGGAUGAACCAAAGGAUUACAUUCACAGAGUUGGUCGUACCGCACGUGGUGAAAAGGGCAAAGGAAGUGCAUUAUUAUUCUUGUUGCCGGAAGAACUAAAGUUUCUUAUUUACCUGAAGGCAGCCAAGAUUUCUCUCACAGAAUACGAGUUCAAUGACAAGAAUGUGCCGAAUUUGCAAUCUCACCUGGAAAAUAUCGUUGGCGAGAACUACUUCCUAAAUCAGUCAGCUAAAGAAGCCUACAGAUCCUACAUUUUGGCAUACAACUCACACGCCAUGAAAGACAUUUUUAAUGUCCAUGAUCUUGAUUUGAAGUCUGUAGCAGCAUCAUUCUGUUUUAAGAACCCUCCAAAAGUGAACCUCGACUUGGAGAGCAGCGCUUCUAAACGUAGGAAGACAAAGAAAGUAGAUGGUGGAGGGAGGAGGCAUGGUAUCAACGCUUCAAAUCCUUACGGAAGGAAAGGCGGUGAUGAUAGCAGGCAAUUUGCAAGAUUUUAGAGAGGGCCUUGCAAGUUGUUUGAGAUGACGGUGACAGCUGCGGUAACUCAAAUAUCGAGUUUCGAAGUCACUUGGUUUUGUAAGAGUUUUGAUAGAUAGCUUUGUAUUAUGACACUGGUGUAUCGCAAUUUUCCUACAGAAUGGUUCUAGAUUUGCUAGCUUAAAACUUGGAUUAUUGAGAAACAGAUGUGCCUGUGUUAUUGCAAGUGAUAUGAUAACUUCAGAGCUUCGCUCCA